UCCUGCCCUCUUAGGCUUUUGAUAAAGUCCAGGCUCUUACAUAAGGGCGGGAACUGUCAUAUGAGGGUGCGUGUCGGUGCAAGGCGGCAGCUUCCACUUGUCAGCCAGGCCAGUCACCUACGUACCUACGGGGCGAUUACAAGUACGCACCUCUGCGCACUCUCAGUUUCGGGGGCGAGGGCAGCAACUCAAGAUUUGCAAACGCAAACCUAACAGCAAAUUUCUCGAACUCGCCGACGACAGAAGGGAUUUCGACCUGGGAAUAAGACGUACCGCAGCAUCGUAGCAUUACAGGGUUAAAGACCAUCGCGACUUUGUUUCAUCUUUUUCUUCCCGCUUGGAGAACGGGACUUACACGUGCAAUUAUACCUCCCUUGGUUUGCGCCAGUUCUCAGCAACGACCCCUCCAAUGGGAACCUGUGUCAACUGUCAACCGUCAACUUCCACUCCAACCUCGACAUUCCUCGACAUAGAAACUCCCCGCAAUUGCCACCAGCUCUAACGACCUGCUCAGCAACAUCACUUCAUCACCUCCGAACCAAGUACAGGUCAUUUCAACACAUGCACUCAGGUACUUAUAGACAGGAGCAAGGAUAGACAACGGACGACCAGUUUACUUACACCUCUCCUCUUUUCGAUCCCUGUGGCCCCGUGGGCUCCCCGUCCAGCCAGAUGGCUUCGGAUGACGCCCUACCUACGCUCAAGAUCCUGUUGAUCGGGCCAUCAGGUGCUGGAAAGUCGGCAUGAGAUUGAUAAAGUGCUUCCUUCACAUCCGAUGGAAGAGGUGCAAACGACACAGUCAUCAUGCUCUUAAGCUACAAAGAGCUCGUGCAACAUGGCUUAUACACACCCGAAUAUUAAACGUUUGCAUACUGGUCUCUGACAAUUCCCCAGUACUCAUGCGAUAUUGUGAUGAUGAAUUCGAUCCUGACACGGCCGCUGCGACAAUUGGUAUCGACUUCAAGAUCAAAAGACUUGCGGUCCGCGGCAAGCCAUAUCGGUUAACUCUGUUUGAUACGGCCGGACAAGAAAGAUUCCGAACCCUCUCAACCAGCUUCUACCGUGGUGCCCAUGGCGUUAUUCUCGUCUACGACAUUUCCAACAGAGCAAGUUUCAUUUCCAUGGAACGAUGGUUUGACGAAGCCAAAGCCAACACCGUAGAGGACGUUGCUCUGUACCUGGUCGGAGCAAAACUUGACAAAGCAGCUCGCAGCCGGGAGGUCACAUCCGAGGAAGGCCUAGCACUAGCGGAACAACACGGCGCCAGCUUUUGCGAGGCAAGUUCCAAGACCAGUGAGAACGUCCGCCGCCCCUUUGUGGAAAUCGUAAACCAGAUCGUGCAGACGCCAGGUCUGCUCACCAACGCCACGGCAAAACGGCGAUCCGGGACGGUUGUGGUUGACAGCACUACCAACAACGGCUACUUCUCCCUUCCGACUUGUUCGUGCUAGCGGAACGCAUUUUCAAGUCUUCUGGCAGCCAACCCACAGCCUGGCUCGUCGGUGGCCGGAGUUGCUGCUCUGCUUAAACACACAGCACACAAGAAACAAGUUCUGAUACCCCCAGAUUACAUGUUCAUGAUUGGCCACAAACGCAUAUUUUUGUUAGAGAUUUCCUUGAUUCGCAAGCUUAAGAGAAUGUUAGUUGCUUGUUCUUUCUA